AUGAAUCUGCUCAAGUGCGCUUUUGGGGUAACAUCUGGAAAGUUCUUGGGAUUCGUUGUAACCAAUAAAGGGAUUCAGGUGGAUCAAAGUAAGGUCGAGGCGAUUAUGACUAUGGUACCACCAACUAAUGCCAAGGAUCUCCAGGCGUUUAUAGGACGAAUAUCUUAUAUGCGGCGCUUCGUGCCUGGUUUGGCUCAGAUAAUGUCGGCAUUCUUUCCCUUACUAAGGAAAGGGACUACCUUCAAAUGGGAGGAGACUCAACAGGUCGUGUUUGAAAAACUAAAGAAAUGCCUUGUCAGCGCCCAAGUUCUCAAACCCCCAAUAAAAGGGGUGCCUCUUUACUUAUACACGGCGUUCACGAGCUCAGCCAUAGGGGCGGUCCUGGCACAAGAUAUGAGAGGAAACGAAUUAUCACCCAUCUACUACGUGAGUCGGGUUUUGAGAGACGCGGAAUUGAGAUACCCACGAGUGGAACAAGCAUGCCUAGCCCUCAUCUACGCAACACAGAAACUAAGGCCGUAUCUUCUGACACAUAAGACGAUCGUUGUAGCCGCGACAAACCACAUAGCUUACCUCGCCUCUAAGCCUGUCCUGACUAGGAGAACUGCCCGAUGGCUGUUACAACUAUCAGAGUUCGAACUCGAUUAUCAGCGACCUAAAGGAGUACGAGGGCAAGCGAUCGCGGACCUAAUGUCUAUGUUUCCUGGGGAAGGAGAUGACGAGACUCACGACCGGGUGCCGGGAGAGGUAGCCGCCGCCGAUAUUAACAAGCCUUGGACCAUUAAUAAUGUCGCCGAAUAUGAAGCUUUGAUCCUAGGGCUCAUAAUGGCGAAGGAGCUUGGCUUGGGAGGCGUCGAGAUAAAAGGUGACUCGAGGUUGGUAACUAACCAAGUAAACGGGUAUUUCCACGUCAAGGAGCCACAUUUAGCCCUAUAUCGGGCAGAGGCUCAAAACCUGAUAAGUCAGACAGGGUCGAUUCUAGAUCAUACAAGCAGAGGCAAGAACAAAAACGCAGAUGCCCUGGCAACACUAGUUAGCAAGUUACAACUAACUGAUAAGGAAGAGGGUACGGUAACAGUUAGAAGGAAAGAGCUGGCCAACACCUGGAAAGAAGACAUGGCCUUCGAAGAGGCAGAUGAUUGGAGGCGGACUUACAUCGACGAUCUGACCAAAACGGAGGAGGAUCGUGUAAUACCUACUGUAGAUGGGGGAUCUCUUGCCAGGUGCGUAAAUAAGAGAGAAGAGGAAAAAAUACUCCAGGAGCUACACGCGACAACAUGUGGGCAAACCGCAGCAGUUCACCUCUACAGAAAGCUUCAGAGAAGAGGGGUAUACUGGCCUAGUAUAUCAGCACAAGCAGCGGCCCUCCAAGACAUUUGUGCCUAUUGUCAAGCCCCACCACAACCCGCUGAGGUUUGCACAGUCGACAGGAUAGAUUGGAGACAACCAUAUAUGGAUUUCAUCCAAAAUGGAAAAUUAUCCAGCGACAGGCAGGCGGCCCUAAAAAUCCAAAAAAAAACGGCGCGUUUUUUCAUGCAUGAGGGGAUCCUCUACCGCAGAAGCUAUAGUAAUGCUAUGUUAAGGUGCUUAUCGGAUGAGGAGGCCGCUGAAGUAAUGACUCGUUCCCACAAUACAGAACAUCAAGGAAUGCGGAAGUUGUUUCUGCAGCUCUAUGAAGGCGGAUUUUACUGGCCCACUAUGGAAAGCGAUACCACAGAACAUUUAGCUUUAGACAUUAUAGGGCAGAUCAACCCGAUGUCCUCGAAGCGCCACAAAUACAUAAUAACCGCCACCGAGUACACCACGAAAUGGGUCGAAGCGAUACCUCUCAAAGACUAUGCCGGGGCAACUGUUGCAGCAUUUAUCAAAGAGUACAUCAUCUGCAGAUUUGGCGCGCCCAUGAUUAUCAGGGCGGAUAAUGCAAAAUCGUUCGUAAACAAGGACGUGAUAGAUUUGCUACGCCAAUAUAAUGUGAGGCUUCAUACGUCAACCCCCUACUAUCCUCAAGGGAACGGGCAAGCCGAGGCGAGCAAUAAGACGUUCAUCCGAAUCUUGAGCAGGAUCUUGAGCAGGACAGUGGAGGACCACCACAGAGAGUGGUAUGAGUAG